AUGUGGCAUUGUGACAGGGUGUAUGAUAGUCGACUGCGGGGCAGUGGCCGCCUGCCACAUGGUGAGCGUGGGUCCGCCGAUUUAGCCGCUAACGGGAGAGAGACGUCGCCGGCAGGUGGAGAUACCGGAGGGCCGGGAGUCGAGGUGGGGGCCAGCGGCGAGGUUUGGGCGGCUGGCGGCGGCGGGCAGCUCCAGCAGCGGUGGCGGCGGGUGGUACUUGGCUGCUGUACUGUCUGUAGCACCUGCUGUGCGGCUUUGGAGGUGGAAGCCCGGAGCACCCCUGCCCCUGCCCGUUCUCCUGGAGAGAGCAGCAAAGGAGGCGACAAAGCUUCAACACGACGCGCUCCUUCAACCCCGGCGGCUGGAGGCGGAUCCGGGUCCGCAUCUGGGUCUGGGUCUGGGAGAGGGACGGGCAGCGCUACUGCUACAGGGUCGGGGUGUAAUUCCUCUGGAAGCGGUUCUGGUUCUGGUUCUGGUACUGCCUCCAGCGGGGCAGGUGGUAGCUCCAGAGGAUCAGGCAGCGGAAGUGGGUCCGGUUCAGGCAGCUGCGGAGGUGGUCGGUCCUCUGCUAUGGGAUCCGGUUCUGGUUCUGGUUCCGGGUCUGCUUCAGUAUCGGGAUCUGCCUCUCCUACUGGCCCUGCUUCUGCUCCUUCUCCUGUUUAUUAG